UAUUACAUAUUUUGCAACCCCUGAUUCUAACCUAAAAUUCAAGUGUUAUCCCAAUCCAAACAAAAAAAUAUUUGUAUUUAAUUAUGAGUACUGUCACAAUAACAAAAACUAAAGAAAAACCAAACGUGAAGAAUAAAGAGGCAGAUUUGCAAAAAAUCACAUCCUCCAAGAAUCUGGAUGAAGUACUCGAAAAUGUGAAAAAACUAGAUAACUCUUGCUCCUUCAACAAGUGCAAAACUAGCAUUGCAAAUUUUGCUAUCGACUGUAAAUACUGUAAAGGCAGGUUUUGCCCAACUCACAGUCUGCCCGAAAUUCAUGGCUGCGGAGAAGCAGUAUGUAAGGAUGAAAAAGAGAAAUUCAACCAUCCCUACAACAAGUUGAACCAAGAGAACCACCAGAAAGCACAAACCAAACUCUCAAUGAAAUUGAAACAGCUGCAACUAGAACGUAAACCCAAACAAGGAAACUCCAGUAAAGCAAAGAAAAAGUGAAGAUGAAUGCGGGUUACACAAAACUUUGAUUUCCUGAUCAACCAGUGGCAGACACUCGAAGGAAAUCACUAAAGCUCUUCAUUUCUGAAUAUACCGAAGAAGUAGCAAUAGAGAACGGACGAAUAUUGUGCCAGAAUGAUAUUCCAAAUACUAAUAAUUGAACUAUUGAUUCAAAACGUGGAUUCUCCGAUCAAGCUUUGUGAAACUGCUGGUAACACCUUUUUCAUGGUGACAUAAACUUUGUGGAAACAUGAAGAAACUAGCACACCUAGAAAUAUAAUUUUAUUUACGGAUUAUCUGAAAGUAUUCAGUUCGAUAAAUGAACUUUGAUAUAAGAAACAUCUGGAUACAAGAAACAAUAAGUAACAUACAACACAACCAAACUGAUUCUGUCAUAAUAACAUCACCAGAGAUCAUCUAUGUAAUUGACAUAUGACAUAUCUGAAAUAUCAGUGGCUUACUCAAUAUAACAUCGUAAUAAAGCAACUU